UAUAUAAAGGUUCUCGCAUUAUUCAUAAAUGAAUACGGAUGAAAUAUCGCAAAAUAAUCAUUAUAUUGCGGAAUGUGAUAUUCGCAAUUAUUUUGCUAAUCUCAACGAACUACUCAAAAAUUCAAAGAUCGAUAUACAGUUCGAUAGAUGUCGCAUUGCGACUGCGAUUUUAUCGCCUCACGAAAUUCCCUAUACUGGUCAACAUUCGUAUUUGUAACUUAUCCCGCAAUGAAUAUCUAUUUUCUCACAAACGGUAUGCAAAUUGCGUUAUUUUGAGAAGUUUCUAAAUAUAUAUAUAUAUAGUUAGAAGUUAGGAAGGAAAGAUAUCACGAUAUCUUUCACAAUUGAAUACAUCAUGAUUACGUCAAUGCGAAAAAAACUGCCUUGACAUUGAACAUCCCGAAGGGUCAUCGCGGCAAGUUAUUGUAGGUUAUGUCAUCGUACGAAAGGUAGUUGAAAAACUGAAAAUUCUGUAAUGGUCAAGAAUCAGGAAGAGGUGGACCUUUAUCGGGACACGUACGUGAGGUAUCUAGGUUAUGCGAAUGAGGUUGGAGAGGCAUUUAGAAGCCUGGUACCCAAAUCCGUUGUGUGGGCCAGUUAUGUGGUAUCGAGUGGAUACGUACUCGCAGAUACUACUCACAAGGGCACAAAUGUUUACAAGAUCGAUACCAGCCCACAAAAGAUUAAGAAUGUUCUGUUAUCCGCAUCGGACACUCUGAUAUGGCAGGCAUUCGCAUCCAUAAUAGUUCCUGGUUUUACCAUAAAUCGAAUCUGUGCAGCAGUUCAGUUUGCGCAGAAAAGAAGUACAAGUGCAGUUUGGAGGAAGCCUUGGAUUUCAACGAUUAUUGGAUUAGUGUCUAUACCUUUCAUAAUACAUCCUAUAGACCAUGCCGUGGAAAGGACUAUGGAUGUUACAUAUAGAAAAUGUACAGGAUAUCAUCCAAAAGCGUCGCUAUACGGAGUAAAACGCGAGUGAUGAAGCGUAGCUCAUUAGAAUUAUAGUAUGUCGUUAAUCCAAGAGAGGUUAUACUCAAGCCCAAAGCAGGGAAAGUAUUCAGAUGUAUGAAAGGAUGUUUACCUCAUCUUUGACAUAAAGUAAUUAAAAGGCCUUGUUAAUAUGCGACGAUAUGAUAUUUUUAAAUCAAAUUCUAUUUUAUCGAAGGACAAAUAAUAACCACGUUUGCCUGAAACUCUAUUAAAUUUAUCGAUUAUUCUAUAAAACUUUGAAUAACAUAAAAUACAAGAUAACAAGUACAAUAUGGAGUAAGCUAUUUAAAGGAAAUUUAAAGGAAAAACUUGACCAAGGAAUUGAGAUGCACCAAUCAAAAAGAAAUAUAAGGCUCCUGAAAGACUUUCGCGACCUCUCUUGGUUUAGAUACGAUAAGAAGUAUUACUGCCUAUACAUUCUAAAAUAGUACAAAAAUUCAGGAUACUGAAUUAGAAUGCCUUGUUAUUGAUUGCAAGAGUGUUAAAUAUUUUUGUUAUAAUGUACAUAUUGUACAGCCCUGUAUGUACAUUACGAUUUUCAGCGUCAUCUUGAAGCGUACUGGAUUUGAUGCCGCUAUUGUUAUGCUGUUGAAUAAAAUUAUUGGUUUUA